AUCACCCCCAAAUCCCAGACCCACUGUCUCGCCGGCGGCGUCCAUCCAUGGCGAGCUCCGUCCCCGAUAACGUUUUGGUCAUGCCACAUGACGUGGCCUCCUACGGCGAGUCCAUUGGCCCCGUCGACUACGGCUGCGUGCGGCGGUACCGCCACCGCCGGCUCCUCACCUUCCUCUGGCUCCACGGCUUCCGCGACGCUCUCCGAGGGCUGCUCAACGAGACGGACGCGCUCAUGAGCGUCGAGCACCUGUCGCGCCUCGUGCAGCAGGGCCUGUGGGACGACGCCGUCACCUACGUUUCCCGCUUCCUGCGACCCGUCACGCACCCGCAGAGCGACGAGGCCCAGGUGCUCAUCCACUUCCUCAGGCACCACAGGGCCUUCGCCGGCAUGGUCGCCGGACAGAAAAACCGCGAUAUCAAGUACUUCAACUACAAGUACAACUCACGGUACCUCAAGCAUGACGACUCCGUCUCCCACGACGCCCUCAGGCUCCGUUCCAUCGUCCUCUCCCUGCUCCACUCCGAACGAGUCAGGGCCUCACUGGACUGGGACCGCGUUCGUCACAAGGCCUCUCUCAUCGUCCAAGACUUGGCUUACAAGGCUCCUGAGCUGAAAGACCUGGCCCUGUUCCCGGCCGGAUCAAUGAUGCCACACGAUGUACUUCCCAUCGGAUUCAGAUACCGUCGGAGGCGCUACGUCAAGGAACAAGACCUGCCAGGAUCUAAAACUCUGACCAAGAUCUUCCUUAAGAUCAAGAAGAGGCUACCAUCGUCAACUCGCAGUCAUGAGUUAAACACUGGAUUGACAGACAAGACAAGGAAGUGGCUGGUAGAUAUUCUUGAUGAAAGUUUACAAGCUGGUAGUCUGGAACUUCAGUCAAGUGGGAAGGAAGGUGUUCCUGGUGCUACAGUCUCGCACACCAUGUUGAAUACCUUGACAAAUCUUACUAGAAACUCUGUGGCUGGGACCCCUUCACUGGCAAAUGCAGAUGCUCAUGUUGCUCCAGUUUUGCAGACUAUGUCUGGUACAUUGACAGUUCCUGCUAAAAUAUCCGGUAUCUCAUCUGUGAAAAAUUCAGGUGCUCCUGUUUCCGCAGUCUCACAGAGUGUGAACUUGACAAGCCAUGCUGAAAACUCUGGGAUCUCGGCAGUGAUAAAUGCAGGAAUGAGUAAGCUUUUGAGUUCGGAAAAUUCAAAUCUAAGAAAGCGCCCGAGGACAGAAGAAAUAAUUUUUGAGCAAGAUCCUCAUCCAAAAUCGCAACGGACAAGUGGGCCUUUUUCUGAAGCAUGUCUGGUGUCAAUGACUGAAGCUGGAGCUGGAGCUGGAGCUGGCACGCAUGGUAGUAUUUCCCUGGAAGGUCCUCAGCAUGAACUUGAACACGCCUAGCAAAUGGUGGCCCUUUUGUACCUGUGCCUGAGGGGCGGUUGAUGAAACAAGAAGCUGUUGGAACAAGAAGAAAAUAUUUAUCCUGCUGCUUUGUACCAGUACUCUGUUUAUGUGACCUACUUGAGACUUGCUGAAGCCUCCUAGAACUUGUAUAUUGUGGUAUCAUGCAACUAUGUCGCUGAGUUUCUAAUACUGUAUUAUGUAUCUCUGAGAGUGGCUGCUCUUGUCAGGGCUAUCGUGGCUGCUCUAGAUGAAGUAGUUAUUUGUAGUAUUUGCCAUGUUCUCAAGCUUAUCUGCAUAUGUAUCUCUGAGAGUGUUCUUUCAAGUGAAACCUGACGUUGUUCAUGGCAACAAGAUUUAGCACCUGCUUUAACAUA